AUGUCUCUUCCACGCAGCUCACACGACUUUGAUGCUGCACCCUCGCCUAUUGAAGCCGAGCAGCUUGUGAAGCGCAUGUCGACGAAUGGCAGCCUUAACGAGACCAGUGCAAAGGACGACAAGGUGCUCAAGAUCGCGACCUUUUCACUUCAAAAGUAUCUCAAGGAACCUGAUUUUGCUGCCGAGUUUCUUGAACGAGGAGGAUUGGAAUCCCUUUGCGACAUUAUCAACAAAGUCAGUGGCAACACUCUCGCUUAUGCUCUCAACUCAUUUACGUCGCUCAUGGAUCACGAUGCAAGCUGGAAGUCAUUGACACCCGAAUUUGUCGAAACGGUUGCGCACAUUGUUGCUUCAGAGACCUUGGUUACCAUUUGUCGACCGGCUACUGCGAUCCUCAUCAAGGUCGUAUGUGCUGAGCGUAUGAUGCCUUUUACACCACCUUCAGCUUCUUCCACUGCCACUGCCCAGAAUGAAGCUGUCAUGGGAUAUCCAGCUAUCCAUCGUGUAUUACAACAAGAGCCUGAUCUAUUAUCAUUGUUGAUCCAACGUCUUCAAAGUCCAGAUUACGUCUUGUGUCUCAACAGCUUGACGCUCCUCACAUCCAUGCUCAAGUAUGUCACCGAUGAUCAUCGCAGUGAAUUAUUGGAAGAAAUUGAUAAUAGUAAUGCACGUAAAAGUGUAUUGCGUAUCAUGGAUAAUCACCCACCUGAAGAACUCAAGGAACAAGUAUUAGAGUUUCAAUCAGCGCUGAUUCACAAUGCGGAUCGCCGUCGUAAGACCCAGAUUUCUAUCUAUAACCCGCGGCAUGCGAAAAUGCUCAACAACAUUUGGGAGGCUGCCAAUGUCCAAGAUAUCCCUAUCCCAGGUGCAAAGAAAUGGCGUAAACUUGGUUUCUCGUCAGAGGUCCCCCACCGAGAAUUUGGCAGAGCUGGUGUAUUUGGUUUGGAACGUAUGCAUGCAUUUGUUAUGCAGCACAAGGAUCUCUUUGCCAAGAUGAUUCUUGAACAAAUUCAUCGCCCUGAUGGUCGUCGAUGCCAGUUCGCCAAAGUCAGCAUUGAAGUCACUGAUCUCUUAUGCAGCUAUUGGAAUGUUAGCACUGGAUAUACGGCUGCUACAUUUGAGCCAUUGCUUUUUCACUUUGAACACGUUCACGCUACCACCUUGCAAUUAUUCUUUCGACUAUUUCAAGAUAUGGAGGCGACCACGACCGAUUUUCCAAAGGUGUCAGCAUUAGUACGAAGUCAAUUACGUGCGACAUUGAAAAGUGAUGGUGUCAAGGAUAUAUUUGAAUUCGACCGGAUCAUGUUGAAUACGCCCUACACUGUAAUUCGAGAUCGACGGCUUAAAGAGCUUGAAUGGGCUGAUGAUCUUUUGGGAAGAGAAGCAAUAAGGAAUCUCCGGGGUCGCUUAAAUCGACAAUCGUAUGACUUUGUCAAACGUCAGCGUAUCAGUUGUCUCUUACAAGGUGCAUGGUUUCCAUGUCCACAAACCAAUCAACGUAUGGUUGCAGCUUUUACGAAUGGUGCUGGAUCUACCGGUGUGGGUGGUGCCAAUGGUAUCAGUGGUGCAGGUGGAAGUGGUAACAGCAGCGGCAGCAGCGGCACGAAUGCUCCUGGAAGCGGCACUGGAGUUAGCAGCAGCUCAUUAUCAGUUCCUAGACGAUGGCGAUAUUACAAGCUCAGCCCAUCCAAAAAGACAUUACAAUAUGGGGAUUUCAAUGAAAAGUUCCCUCCUGUCAUCAAAUCCUUUGACAAGUUGACCAACAAAGUCGACCUAACCCAUGCCUCAGAAGUCAAGCCUUAUCGUCGCAAAGUAUCCAAUGUUGCAUCAUUAUCCACAUUAUCCGAUUCGACCACCACUCUUUCGUUUGCAUUGUUUUCAGAGGACCAUGUCCCAUUGGCGGAAUUUAUUUGUACAUCAUCAGCACAAGCUUCCGAAUGGAAAGAUGGAUUCAGCAUGCUGCUCGAUAAGGGUAUCACAAGCAAGGACACAGCAGAGUAUUUACACUCGUUGACAGAAAUUGGUGUCAAAGUAAAGCUGUUGCAGAUUGCUGGUGAUCGUAUUGAAGUUCCCCAUGGUCAACUAGAGCCUCCACCUGUACCAGCAGGUCUUGGAACUGGAUUCUUUUAUGCAAACGGCUAA